CGGGCCUCGGGGUCCACCAGACAGCUCGGGGAGGCUUGCAUGCCGGGCAGCAGCCCCACCGUCACGCUCCCCGUCCAUCUCCUGGCCCCGCCAACGCUGGACGCGGGGCUCUGACUAAGGGGCCCCCAACUCUUGGCCCCGAACUCCCUGGGCCUUCCCAAGGACUGUCCUUGCUCACCCGGCAGCCCUGUGAUGCCCGGGUUCCCUCAGCUACAGGUCUCCGCCCCGCCUCGCCCACGGCCAUGAGGUCCCGGCUACUGCUUCCCGUGGCCCACCUGCCCACAAUUCAGGAGACCCUGGAGGAGAUGCUGCCCGGGGGGCCCGGGCAGGAGCCCCCGGCCUCCCCCAGCCUGGAUGACUACGUGAAGUCCAUUUGUCAGCUGGCACAUCCCACCUCAGUGCUGGAUGUGGCCACAGCCAGGGCCCAGCCCAGCAGAAGCCCCCGGCCAGCCCGGACCUUCCAGAAGAGCUGCCCUACUGAGUCCCUACGGGACAUUACUACCUGCUUCAGUGGUCAGCAACGGGCACCGCCUGGGGACGGCACUACCGACCCCCUGGACUGGCUCUUCGGGGAGUCCCAGGAAAAGCGGCCGAGUAGGAGGGACCCGCCAAGGCGGACUGGCUUCUCUGCUGACUCCUGGGGUCUACACAGACAGAUGGACAGUGGCAAGGCCCGAGGGACCCCCAGAGGGAGACUCUGGGAUGCCAGGGUGCAAGGGCACUCUCUGGUGAGACCCUCAAGGGACUGGCACCAGGGCUCCGGGGCUUCCAGGCAACUCGGUGGGGCCGCGGCCUCCCCCCCAGCUCCCCGCCCCAGCAGCAUCCUCAGAACUCUCUAUUUGCACCUCCCAGUGAUCCAUGAACUCUAACCCCUCCCCAAUAAAGCCUUCUGUACAGAG